AUGACCAUUAUGCGCUGUCAAAGCACCGGUCGGAAGUGUUCGUAUGAGCUCGAUGGUCGAAGUCGGCGCAGCGCGCCUCCGCGCACGCAUUCGAUAUGGCACAGUCAGCCACUAUCCGACAUUGUGACUUAUGCCUCUCGCGAGCGACGUGCUUUCGAAUAUUACUGCCAACGUGCGGGCCCUGCGAUAGCGGGGAGCAUUGGUUGCACAUUUUGGACAGGCGCGGUCCUGAAAGCCUGUCGAUCGGAACCCGCCAUUUGGGACGCAAUCAUCGCGAUUAGUGCUCUGUACGAGAACCUCGAUCCCUUCAUUGGGCCUCCCAUGGUCACGGAAGUUGUGCUAUCAGUGCGAAGGCCUCGAGAAGCCUUCUUGUGGUACCUGCGCUCGGUGGAAAACGUCCGAUCGCAACUGGCACGGAACAAAGUACAUCCGCAGAUCGCACUCAUCUCUUGUGUGCUGUAUACCUGCACUGAAAUGCUACAAGGCGAUGUAGCCAAGGCUCUCCGGCUAUAUGGACAAGCCGUGCAGCUGAUUAUCUCUUGGCAGCAACAGAGCCCAAGUCUCUCAGAAACAACAUUAGCUGCAAAAGACAUGAUGAUGCCGCUGCUCGUCCGUCUUGGGGCGGCCAUUUUUAUAACAACCAAUUGUUCACCGGAGGGUUUGUCGGACCUUUUAGCAACUCCUAGCAAUCCCGGGUCGUUGUCUUUUGAAGCCGCCCAGACGGCGAUUCUCAAGUUGAUUGCAGAGGCCCACAUCCUCCGAUGUUUGGGGGCCCGACAUUACCGCAGUGGGCACAAAGUGCCUAGCACAACGUUCGAUUUGACCGUACAACAGCACGCCCUGGCCCGUCAACUGGACGAAUGGGACUGUGCGUUUGCCUUCCUCCGGAGUGCGGAAGGCCACCCCCAGCUGUAUUCGCCGGAUCGGAGAGCAAUACCAGUGUUACUGAGCAUUCGCUCCGCUGCAUCCAUCAUGAUCUCCACCUGUUUUGCAGAACAAGAGACUGCGUACGAUGAGCACAUAGGCCAGUUUCGACUGAUUGUCGAGCACGCAGCAGCUGCGACGCACGCACCGGUGGAACGGAAUGAUGCGCAACCGGGUUUUACUUUCGAAGCCGACGUUGGCCCGCCGCUGUUUUUCACUGUUGUGAAAUGUCGAGACCAGAUACUGCGACGGACGGCAUUAGAGCUGCUUCGACAGACACCAAAAGUUCAAACCAUGUUCAAAUCUAUGUCGUGGGCUACACUUGCGGAGAUGAUUAUUCGGAUAGAGGAAGGCUCUGUACAAGGCAUGAGGAAACGCCGGCCGCCUCAACCUACGAUAAAUGACAUUACAGCUCCGGAAAAUAUGGAAGAGCCGGACAGCAGCACUCGUGGGGUUCUACCCGCCACAGGAAGUGUGCCUUCUUUGGCAGAGCUUGUGGAGAUUGAUAACAACAGCCUGGACAGAUCAUCAAAUAAAGUGACAGUGGCUGAAAGGCAGUUCAUCCCGGAAGACCACCGUGCUAUCCGUGCGGUUUGCCAGUUUAUAUUGGCUACUGUUGGCUUUCCGUCGAUAUACCUUGAUGCCAGCCAACCGACAACACACGAUACCAUCCGGAAUACUGAUGAGUUAUGCUUGAAGUUCUUAUGGAUUCUCCCACCGCUCCAGCUGCCGUUUAGCCUAGACCAUGUUCGGCAAGCGCAUCCUUCCGUAGCUGCGCUCGCUCGGAUCCUGACGUCAAUCACCUUUUCAGACCAUCGACACGAUUUUCGCUUUUACUGGUCGCCGAUAAACCACUUCCCAACACAGCCAACCACGAUGACAACCGAUGCGAACAACAACGAGGGUAACGGAAGCUUAGUCGUCGGACUUAUUAUUCUCGGCAUGUGCGUGUCGGUCAUGGUAUACUGUGGAAUCCGACAGAUGCUGGAUCCUCCGCCUCCUCGGCGUCCGGAGAUGUCCCUGGAUCAGAGGGCGUAUAUGCGCAACAUAAUCAAAUCCGUGCCGAUAAGAGGACGGAUCGUCGACCCUGAGGGCUGGUUCCACACGGGCGACUACGGGUACCUCGACGAGAACUGCAACGUCUUUGUCAUGGAUCGGAUUAAGGAACUUCUCAAGGUCGGCGACGGUUACGGGACGCAUAUCUCCUCUGCGGAGCGGGAGGCCGUGGUCUUUCAGCAUGCUGCCGUGGCCAGUGCGGUGGUCGUGGGAAUCCAAACUACUAACCGCCCGAUGAUGAAUAAACUGAUUCCCAGCCCGUGA